UCAAAAACAACAUCAAUGGCGAAUUCAGAGCCUUACUCCUCCUCCUCCUCUGCACCACCACCACCACCAGUAGUAGUAGUAUCUAACGAAGAAGAAGACAACAACAACAACAAGGAGAGAAUCUCAACUCACCAUCACCAGACCAUGCCUUCCGAGUUAACUCAAGACGAGUUCGCCGUACUCUCCCACUCAAUCGACGAGUUCCACACGUACCAGCUCGGCCGAGGUCGCUGCUCCUCCCUCUUAGCUCAGCGGAUCAACGCGCCUCCGGAAACAGUCUGGUCCGUGGUGAGAAGGUUCGACCGGCCCCAGAUUUACAAACACUUCAUCAAAAGCUGCCACGUAGACGAAGGUUUCGAGAUGCGAGUGGGAUCCACGCGCGACGUGAACGUGAUCAGCGGUCUACCGGCGAACACGUCGAGGGAGAGGUUAGAUCUGCUGGACGAUGAUCGGAGGGUGACUGGGUUUAGUAUCACCGGAGGUGAGCAUAGGCUGAGGAACUACAAAUCGGUGACGACGGUUCAUAGAUUCGAGAAAGAGAGAGAACGGAUCUGGACCGUUGUUUUGGAAUCGUACGUCGUGGAUGUGCCGGAAGGUAACUCGGAGGAAGACACACGUUUGUUUGCUGAUACGGUGAUUAGAUUGAAUCUUCAGAAACUUGCUUCCAUUACUGAAGCUAUGAAUCGUAACAACAACAACAACAACUCCUCCGGUGACGGAACAAACUCUUCUUCUUCUUCUUCAUUUCAGAGAAUCUAAAGUGGGACGAUCCUACAACCAUCAUGAGACAACAACACUUCAAAGACUUUGGUUGCA